GCAAAAAGAUAGUAACAAUGUUUAAUAUAGUGCUUGAGGACAUUAUGGUUUGUAUAGUGUUUAAUAACUAGUGAUAACUAGGGAGUAAGGAGCACAGGAUAUGCAAUUGCUUAUAAGGUCCUCAGACAGAUGAAUGAUAUAAAAAUAUCAAUGAAUGUUACUGCACAUUAUGUGAUGAAACUUUGAUGCUAGACAGGCUAUAAUAUAUCAUGCCAAAAUUUAGUGAUUAACUUGAGGCAAUCAUGCUAUAACUGAAUAAUGAAUAAACAUUUUGAAAUUAGGGACUGAUAAUUUAGUCUAGCUACUUAUGUUGCAUCUUUACAAUUUUAAUGGAUGAACACACAAAGCAAACAACAUUGGGAGUAGGUUUGAAACAAUGAAGCAAAUGAAAUCAUACAGUUUUAGGUAACUCAGUGCCAGAGUGGGAAGUUUUCAGAUCCAAUUGUCAGCUUUCAAUCUCUUAUCAAGAAUGGUUUUGGAAACGGUUGGCAGCAGCAAAACCAGCAACAUUCGCUCCUUGCUCAUCAGAGCUUGGCGAGAGCGGUGGUCUGACAUGCAAUGGGGCAUUCACAUAAAAACGGUACUUCCUCGCUACAUCAGUGGUGACAUCUAUCACUUGUCAGACUGCAUCCUGCAGCAAGCGUUGAUGGGACCUCUACCCAACCAACUUAUAUUGUCCUACCUACGCCACUCGCUAGCUGCUCAUGUGGUGUCCUAUGGUGGGGUUUUAGAGAGCAUCAGUAAGUAUGACUCACUUCACAAGUCUCAUUGCGUUGCAGCUCUUCUGGAUCUCCUGGAAUCAACUCCCCAUAAAGUGACGUGCCGAGGCAAGCCUGAGGACUGCCUUAUGCUAGCAACUUCCCUGGUGGCCGCAGUGCUAUGGCUCCUCAAGGUUAUUCUCCACGCGAUCAGCCGUUCACCAACCCCUGAGCAAGUGGCUAACCUAAAAACUGCUCUCAAGCUUGUGGAAAAAUUCAUGGAGUGCCAGUUUCUCAAAGGCUUGCUUUACAUAGCCCAUCUGGAAGACCCAGCCCAAUGGAACCUGGUUGUCAGUACCGUAGCUGAGAUUGAAAACAAACUACUUACAUCCUCAUUUCCAGCACUUGCAGAGUUGAAAGAUAUUUUUCCUGCAAUUUUCAAUGAUCUUAGGUCACUAAGCUUGGUGCGACUGAGUAAACCUUCAAUGCAGUAUAAUCCUCGCAUCACCCCCAUCAGCUAUGGCCUGCAUGCGCGCGUCAUGGUGGAAGCUGUGAUGCAUCCCACGCAUAGCAGCCAGGCUCUUGCCACCCAACUCAUACUAUACAGUCAACUCAGAGGCUUAUCUGAAAAAGGACUCUAUCUUGAGCUUCUUGUGAGUUGUUUCUUGGGCCUAGGUAGCGAGGAGGAGUUCCCUCACCAGCAACUCCAAUGGGUAGGCUUCACCUUCAUCAAACUCCCCAGUUUGAUACAGCACAUCCAUUCUGGGUUGAAUGGUUUCUCCUCUACGCCAUCAGCCGCAUCUCAGCCCCUAGUUGACGCUGUAAGAGAGUUCGUCCAGCGCACUAGCCUCUUGGACGUGGCUGACCGCAGGAUGAACUGCAAUUGCUUGGAAUAUUUGCUUCAUGAGCUCACGGUGCCAACUUCACUCCUGACAGAGCAGGAUAUGGCUGCUGCUUUGACCCUCCGCAAAGAAGACCCUCUUGCAGUUGCUCAGAUGCCAGGCUUGGCAAAAGACGGCAGUAAUUCGCAUAUGGCUAUUCCAGAUCUUAUUCUACGAGCCCAACCUACUGUACCGAGUAUCCUCAAAAAUCUCAGUAACAAAAAUCAAGAAUCUGUUCUUCCGGUGAUGAAUCUCCUAAUUAGUGGAAAAAGUCGAGACCUUUUGUUGACGGCCGCGGCCGCGUCGGGGAAAUUGUUCAUUUAUGCUCAGAAGUUCGUGAAAUUCAAUCAGCAAAGUUUAGAGCCUCAACCAGGAGAGACAGAAUCAAUGGCAAAGAACCGUGCCCUGAUGUUCGACCUAACAUUUCUUCUGCUUUGUCAUGUCGCACAAGUGUACGGUGUGGAUGUGGUGAUGGGCGAAGAGAAAGAUACGUUCGUGGAAACUUGGAUGCGAUGUCACAUGCCUGAGAAAGGCAGACACAAAAGCAUCAUUCCGCAGUGGCGUACCGACACAUGUCAUUUGCUGGAAGUUGUGCAGCGAAUUAAUGCUAAAGACAUGAUGUCUAAGUACGGCCAGGCUCAUCUUGCCGAAGUUUGUCAUGCAUCUCCCCUCAUCAUGCAGAGACUCACGUCUGAACUAAUUCAAGGUUCGGUGUCACUUCAGCAUGCGACCGAGUUGCUAGAUCGCUUGUGUUCUCAUCUUUGUUCGUUGCCAAUCUGCAUUGCUGCGUGGACUUGUUCUUAUUUACAGGAAGCUUCGUCAUUAGAAGCUGCUAAAGUCAAUGCCCUCCUCAACCACUUACAGACCAAACUAUCCAAUCAAGAACCCACGCUCACAUUAGGCAGUUUUAAAGAUCGAUCAUUGCUAAUGUCAGACAUUAUUGAUAAUAUGGUUAAAGUCACCAAGGAAAGCUUUGCCCCAGAACAAGACGAAGCAAAACAACAAAGCUCUUCGUUCUUUUCGUCCCUCAUCGCCGAAAUCCAAGCAGAAGAUCUGAUGGAAUGCGCCUUAACUAAUGCCCGAAAUCUGAGUGAUGAAUUGGACGAGGCAUGGAAGAAAAUGUUCACAGGGUGCGGUAUUCUCUCGCAUUCAAGUCUAUGGACUUUUGAGAAUCUCUUGCGGCUCGGAGGGCACAAGUGGUUUGUUAGCAGUUUGCUUGCUUGCGCUAUGGAGAGUGUCUUUGAGACGGAUCUAAGCAGGGCGAUGGAUCUUGUCUACGGUAUCCUGCAGAUAGACCUGCAGCAGUGUUGCACCUGCCUUCUCUUGGACACGCUGCCUCAGUAUCUCAAUGAACCGUGUAGUGUCGCGCUUUUGAGUCACCGCCGUAUCGGUGCGCUAGCGAGACUGACAGUACAAGUGCUCGUGGCUGCGUGGGCUGCGGCAGCCACCCUUGCUGGAGGUGGGGAUGCAGGUUCUAACCCAAGUUUUAAUAUCACAAGAAAAAGAUCUUAUGCCGUCAUGAAUGAAGAGGAUUCAGAUGAACGGCUACUACGCCGGAUAGGUUCGCUAGCUCUGGAUCCAAGCUCGCUGUCAGGGAUCAGUCGUGAGGGCUUAGCGCUCAUGGUCGCGGUACAGAAUCUUUUGAGCGCUCUUCUUAGAGCUGUUCCCAACGGUGUCGUAAGUCCUGUUAGUGAGCUGGUAGUGGCUUUUCUGCUCGAGCUUCUUGCUGCUCCACCCAUUGUUUCUCCGCUUCUUACUCUGCUUCCUCCUAACUUGCUCUCAGUGCUUCUCGCUAUCCAUCCUCCCAACACGUUCACCCCCAGCCAUCUGCUUGCUCUGGCUCUCCCUGUGCCGUCGCCACCGUCGUCUGUACCAUUUCCGUGCCUCCCUUCCCCUCUCACUCACUCCCAGGAGGCCGCUGCUCGCCGGGCUGCCGCAAAGCUGCUGUGUACACAUAGGAACUUCCUGCUAGCGGCGGCCAACUCUCAUCACCAGGCUGUGCUUGGCUGAGAAGAUUUGAGAAUACCACGAUGACAUACCAACACGUACAUCAUCGAAUGAUCUUAUACGAGUUCUGGGGCUGUUUUUGGCUGAGAAGAUUCAUUCAUUUCGUAUAUCAUCGAAUGAUCUUGUACCAGUUCUGGUUGGCUUUGUCAAUGUAGAAACUAUAUUGCACCGCGUUUGAAUUAAUACCGUAUACUUUCCCGGAAACUGACCCGAGCCUCCUGGUCCCAAGUUGAGCGCGAAAGCAUCUCUGACUAACACAUCUUUACUGUCACUCUUGAAUUUGUCGUUUUAAUAAUGUUCCAAUAAUUAAUAUCCAUAUCGCAAAGUCGCUCAUCAGAUCUUCACACUUGUUCCUGGUACUGAAGAUACCAGUAAUAAAGCAAUAUUUUGGACAAAUUUCGGAAUUUUAUAUUUUAGAGGUUUUUCUUGACUAUUUCCUACCGUUUUGCUGCCUUCGAAACAUCCUGUUCAUCAUUAAAGGUUAACAAUAUUUCUCUGUACGAUGUUGAAUGCGCCAUUCAAAUAUCAUACUCAUUGUAUAUUAUUUAUUGUACACAUCUCUUCGACAUCACUAUUUUGUUGUACAUAUCUCCAUCAAUCACAAUAAAUUUCCUAUCUA